AUGCCAACACGUGAGGCGCCAACACGUGAAGCCCCAACACGUGAAGUGCCAAGACGUGAAGCAUCAACACGUGAGGUGUCAACACGUGAGGCGCCAUCACGAGAGGCGCCAUCACGAGAGGCGCCAUCACGAGAGGCGCCAUCACGAGAGGCGCCAUCACGAGAGGCGCCAUCACGAGAGGCGCCAUCACGAGAGGCGCCAUCACGAGAGGCGCCAUCACGAGAGGCGCCAUCACGAGAGGCGCCAUCACGAGAGGCUCUUCAUGUUCUGCUCUUCAUGUCCGGCCGGCAGCCAAGCUUGUUCGGUAAAAUAAUUCCACCUGUCACGCUGUUGAUCGCAGCGGUCUGCAGGAUCACAUGUCAGUUGUAUCCCACCUGA